ACAAAUCGUACAUUGGAAAUCUUAGUCGAAUAUUGUAAACAAGUAUUAUUUUAGUGAUUGACUUAUGUAUAUUAAUAUAAAAAAAUAUUCACCGGUAAAUUAUAUAAAAUAUGAUUUUGUUAAUAUUUAGUAGCUCAUUGAUAAUAUUAAUUUCUUGGUUAUUAUGGACAAUAUGGAGUCGAAUAAAGACUUGUGAUAAAAAACGAGUGUGUAUUGUUGUAUUGGGUGAUAUUGGACGUAGUCCACGAAUGCAAUACCAUGCCUUAUCAUUUAUGAAUGAAGGGUAUUUCGUUGAUAUUGUAGGAUAUUCUGGUUCUGAACCAUUAGAAGAAUUAAAAAAUAGUCCUAAUAUUAAUAUUCAUUAUUUAACAGAUGUACCAGAAUGGAAUAAUCAAAUUCCGAGAUUAUUAUCAUAUAUUAUAAAAACAUUAUGGCAAUCAGUCCAUUUGGCGAGGAUAUUAUUUACCAAAAUUCAAUCAAGUUAUUUAAUGGUACAAAAUCCUCCUGCUAUUCCAACAAUACCAAUCUGUUGGUGUUAUUGCCGUAUUUUUCAAAUACAGUUUAUAAUAGAUUGGCAUAAUUAUGCUUACUCGAUAAUGGCUUUAACAAUUGGAAGAGAACAUCUACUUGUAAAAAUAACAAUGUUUAUUGAAUCGUUUUUUGGUAAACGAGCUGAUAAAAAUUUUUGCGUUACCAAUGCUAUGAAAAAUGAUUUAAAUUCCAGAUGGAGUAUAGAAGCUAUAGUAUUGUAUGACAGGCCACCGUUGGCAUUUAAGCCAAUCGAUUUAUCUGAAAAACAUUCCUUGUUAAUUAGAUUAAGUAAAACUUAUGAAGAGUUUAGAAAUGGUGAAGAAGGCUCGUCUGCAUUAACAGAAUGUUUAGCUAAUAGAGAAAUUCAACUGAGAAAACAGCGACCAGCAUUAAUUGUAUCUAGUACAAGUUGGACUGAAGACGAAGAUUUUUCGGUGUUGUUUACUGCUUUAAAAGAGUAUGAAUUGGCCUGCUGCAAUGAAAAUUCUAGGCUACCAAAUUUAAUUUGUGCAAUCACUGGUAAAGGUCCUUUGAAGGAUUUUUGGACAGCUAUUAUAAAGUUUAAACAAUGGAAACAUGUUAAAAUUAUCACACCUUGGUUAUCAAACGAAGAUUAUCCUAAAUUAUUAGCAAGUGCAGAUUUAGGAAUAUGUCUCCACACAUCAACAAGUGGAUUAGAUUUACCAAUGAAAGUUGUCGAUAUGUUUGGAUGUGGAUUACCCGUUUGCGCGUUAAAUUUUAAUUGUCUUGAUGAGCUGGUAAGACAUGAAGAGAACAGUUUAGUAUUUUCAAAUGAUCAAGAAUUGUCAAGUCAAUUAAAAACAUGGUUCUUCAAUUUUCCAAAUAAUCAACAGCAAAUAGAAAAAAUUAAAAAGUUUCGCCAGGAAUUGGAAAAUUUUCAAAAUCUUCGAUGGGCUGGUAAUUGGAGAGAUGUAGCGUUACCUUGCUUUGAUUGAUUGAUUCAGUGUUGAUUUAAUAUUGCUAAAUUUUGCAGGACCGAUACUAUAAAAAUCUCGUUUAUUUUUUUUUUAUAUUUAUGAAUAAUACUACUCUUUAAUAUCUUAUUGUAAAAAAUUCCUCAUUAUUAUAAAUUCAUACUAUAAAAUAGUUUUGUUAAAAACUUAUUUAGUUUCUUAUCUAUAUGGAAAGAAAACUACACGCUAAAUUUUAAAUGUUAAAAAAUACAAUUUUAAUAUAAAUUUUAAUUCAGAGUGAGUGGAGUAAAAUAUUUAACUGCGCUUUCUGUUAAUAUCCAGUUAUUCGUGCAUUUUGUUCAAAAUAUAUUAUAAGUAUAUUAUAAUAUAUUAUAAGUUGAUAAUGAUAUUUUUAGAGUUU